GUGGAGGACGCCCUCAUGAGGAGGCUGUUCCUAGGGUACCAGCGGUGGGUGAGGCCCAUCCAGCGCGCCAACGACACUGUCAGGGUGCGCUUCGGACUCAAGAUCUCCCAGCUGGUCGACGUGGAUGAGAAGAACCAGCUGAUGACGACAAACGUGUGGCUGUGGCAGGAGUGGAUCGACUACAAGCUGCGUUGGAACCCAGCGGAGUACGGAGGGAUCACCUCAAUCAGGGUUCCCUCAGAGAGCAUCUGGCUCCCAGACAUCGUCCUCUACAAGAAUGCGGACGGCCGCUUCGAGGGCUCCCUCAUGACCAAGGUCAUCGUCCGCCACACGGGGGCGGUCACCUGGACGCCACCUGCCAGCUACAAGUCGGCCUGCACCAUGGACGUCACCUUCUUCCCCUUCGACCAGCAGAACUGCUCCAUGAAAUUCGGCUCGUGGACGUACGACGGCCAAAUGGUGGACCUGGAGCUGGUGGCGCCCCAGGUCGACCGCCGCGACUUCUUCGACAACGGCGAGUGGGAGAUCCUGAACGCCACAGGGGUCCGCGGCAGCCGGCGGGACGGCGUGUAUGGCUACCCCUUCAUCACCUACUCCUUCAUCCUGAAGCGGCUGCCGCUCUUCUACACGCUCUUCCUCAUCAUCCCCUGCCUGGGCCUGUCCUUCCUCACCGUGCUGGUGUUCUACCUGCCGUCGGACGAGGGUGAGAAGCUGUCGCUGUCCACCUCCGUGCUGGUGUCGCUCACCGUCUUCCUGCUUGUCAUCGAGGAGAUCAUCCCCUCCUCCUCCAAGGUCAUCCCGCUCAUCGGGGAGUACCUGCUCUUCAUCAUGAUCUUCGUCACGCUGUCCAUCAUCGUGACGGUGUUCGUGAUCAACGUGCACCACCGCUCCUCGACCUCCUACCACCCUAUGUCGUCCUGGGUGCGCCGCCUCUUCCUGCAGCAGCUGCCCCGGAUGUUGUGCAUGAGGGGCCACACCGACCGCUACCAGUACCCCGAGCUGGCCCCCGAGAGCCCCGUGCUCAAGCCCCACCCCGGAGGCCGGAGAGGGAGGAGUCCGAGAGGGGGGGGGGACCCGGGGGGCCCUGCGGAGGGGGAGGGGCCCUGGGAUGACAUGCUGAAGACGGCCACCUAUUCUGUGCGCUACAUCAGCCGACACAUCCGCAAGGAGCACUUCAUCCAGGAGGUGGUGCAGGACUGGAAGUUCGUGGCCCAGGUGUUGGACAGGAUCUUCCUGUGGGCCUUCCUCAUUGCGUCCAUACUUGGAACCAUCCUCAUCUUCACCCCAGCCCUACAGAAGUUCCUCUCGUCUCCUCCUCCGGUUAUGAUGAGGGAGGAGCCACCCUCCAACUGAGGAGCACCGGCAUAGCACUCGUCUACGCCCCCAAGGGGAUCCACGUUCAGAAGAACCAUCUAGAACAAACCGGACACCAUCUAGAACAAACCGGGAGGAGCACGGCGUCCUCGGAGUCUGCCCCUCGUCACAGUUUGAGUCGACCCUUCGGCCCCUUAGGACCUGAUCUCUCAUGUUAAUUUGGUCCACAACGAGCUGAAUGGCAGCUAAGUAGCCUUGUGACAAUAUUAUUGGUCUGUUUUACAGUUUUAGAACACUAGCAGAUUAUAGGACAAACAUUACCUUCAGGAAGAUCUUUCUCUGUUGUUUAAAAUAUAAUGCAGUAGUUACCAACGCUUAUGUAAGGCACUGAAUAAAAUUGGACUUUAUUAUGGCAAGAAGA